AUAAAUAAAUAUAUAGGAGAACCAACACAGAUAUAUAGAUUUCUACGUACUCGGAAUCUAAUAGCACCUAUAUUUUUGCACAGAACUCUCACUUAUAUGUCCCACAGAAACUCCCGAACAAAUAUCAAGAGGAAGACGUUCAAAGUAGAUGACAUGUUAUCAAAAGUAGAGAAGAUGAAGGGAGAGCAAGAGUCUCACAGCUUGUCUGCUCAUUUGCAACUCACGUUCACUGGUUUCUUCCAUAAAAAUGAUAAGCCAUCACAAAACUCAGAGAAUGAACAAAAUUCUGUAACCCUGGAAGUACUGCUUGUGAAAGUUUGCCACAAGAAACGAAAGGAUGUCAGUUGUCCAAUAAGGCAGGUCCCUACAGGUAAAAAGCAGGUGCCUUUGAAUCCAGACCUCAACCAAAAACCAGGCAACUUUCCAUCACUUGCAGUUUCCAGCAAUGAGUUUGAACCCAGUAACAGCCAUAUGGUGAAGUCUUAUUCGUUGUUAUUCAGAGUAACUCGUCCAGGAAGGAGAGAAUUCAAUGGAAUGAUCAACGGCGAGACCAAUGAAAAUAUUGAUGUUAAUGAGGAGCUUCCAGCCAGAAGAAAACGAAAUUCUUCAAAUCGUGAAGAUGGAGAAAAGACCUUCGUAGCACAAAUGACGGUAUUUGACAAAAACAGGCGCUUGCAGCUUUUGGAUGGGGAAUAUGAAGUAGCUAUGCAAGAAAUGGAGGAAUGUCCAAUUAGCAAGAAAAGAGCAACAUGGGAGACUAUACUUGAUGGGAAGAGGUUGCCUCCAUUUGAAACAUUUUCUCAGGGACCUACGCUUCAGUUUACCCUUCGCUGGACAGGAGAUACAAAUGAUAAAUCUACAGCUCCUAUAGCUAAACCUCUCGCAACCCGAAAUUCCGAAAGUCUCCCUCAAGAAAACAAGCCCAGUUCUGUUAAACCUACUCAGACUAUAGCUGUGAAAGAAUCCUUACCAGCAGAUCUACAAACAAGGAAAGAGAGAGAUGUGUUAAAUGAACCUCGACAAAAAUUGAGAAUAUUUUAUCAGUUCCUUUAUAACAACAACACAAGACAGCAGACUGAAGCCAGAGAUGACUUACAUUGCCCAUGGUGCACGUUGAACUGCCGCAAACUUUAUAGUUUACUCAAACAUCUCAAACUUUGUCACAGCAGAUUUAUCUUUAAUUAUGUUUAUCAUCCAAAAGGUGCUAGAAUAGAUGUUUCUAUCAAUGAGUGUUAUGAUGGUUCGUAUGCUGGAAAUCCUCAGGAUAUUCAUCGUCAACCUGGAUUUGCUUUCAGUCGCAAUGGACCGGUCAAAAGAACUCCUAUCACGCACAUACUUGUAUGCAGGCCAAAGCGUACAAAAGCAAGCAUGUCAGAAUUUCUUGAAUCUGAAGAUGGAGAAGUGGAACAGCAAAGAACAUACAGCAGUGGGCAUAAUCGAUUAUAUUUCCACAGUGACACGUGUUUACCUCUCCGUCCGCAAGAAAUGGAAGUAGAUAGUGAAGAUGAAAAAGAUCCUGAAUGGCUGAGAGAGAAGACAAUUACUCAAAUUGAAGAAUUUUCUGAUGUUAACGAAGGAGAGAAAGAAGUGAUGAAAUUAUGGAAUCUACAUGUUAUGAAGCACGGGUUUAUUGCUGACAAUCAAAUGAAUCAUGCCUGUAUGCUGUUUGUUGAAAAUUAUGGACAGAAAAUAAUUAAGAAGAAUUUAUGUAGAAACUUUAUGCUUCACCUGGUCAGCAUGCAUGACUUUAACCUCAUUAGCAUAAUGUCAAUAGACAAAGCUGUUGCCAGGCUUCGAGAAAUGCAACAGAAAUUAGAAAAAGGAGAAUCAACUACCCCAACAGAUGAUGAGUUUUCUGAAGAGCAAAGUGGGACAACAAAUGGAUACAGUGAAAAUAACACGAGAGAGAGAGUUUCAGAAACAGAUAGUGUCUCAGGGGUCACAAAACAGAGCAAAAAACAAAAGCUCUAAAGAUUUUUUUCCAAUGGAAAGUGGUUUCACUACUGGUACAGUAUCAGCACCGAAGGUUUUAUUCCAGCAAGCACUGUGGUUGAGUGACAUCACCUCAAUUUUUUAUUAUCCUUAAGAUAUUGCAUUUUUCAUAUUCUUUAUUUAUAAAGGAACAAUGCUGCUGUAAAUACAGGUAUUUUUAAUUUUUUUUAUUUCAUUCCAUCACAAUCAAAUGCAGUUCCCUAUUUUGUUUAAGGGGUAUAUAAGCUUUCUAACAGUGUCUUCAGAAAUUUAUAAAAUGUAAAUACUGAUUUUGAUGGUCCUUAAGAUGUGUUUAACUGUGAGACUAUUUAACUAAUGGUGUGGAUGUGAUUUGUCAUCCAGUAUUAAGUUCUUAGUCACUGAUUUUGUGUAAAAAUAGGAAAGAGGGAAACUGCAGCUUUCAUUACAAACUCUUUGAUUUGCCAGUUAUUUGAGUUAUAGCAAACUCAUAAUUAUGCCUCUGAAUAGUACAUCAAGCAUUUCUCUCUGGCUUUAAUUUGCUAAAGCUGUGCACAUAUGUAAAAAAAAAAAAAAAAAAAAAUAGAUUAUUUUAGGGGAGAUGUAGUUCUAGAAUUAUUGCUUAUGUCAUUUCUUAAGCAGUUAUGCUCUUAAUGCUUAAAAGAAGGCUAGCAUUGUUUGCACAAAAAGUUGGUGAUCCCCAAAAAAUAGUAAUGAAAUUACUUCUGUCCAGUAAACUUUGUAUGUCAUGUCAAUUUAUAAUAAAAGCUGAAAAAAAUCCCUUUGUUUUCUAUUUAUAAAGAUGCCUUUUCUAUAUGUACCCUUAAUGAGAGAUUUUGAAGAAAUCAUGUAAGCUGGUUAAAAAGCAUUUGAAUGGUACAGUAGAUGUAAAGAGAAAAACCACAUUCAGUUGUUUAAAUGAACCUUUGUUUUUACAUUAAAUGUUUAUUUGAAAUCAGAUUUUGUACAUAAAGUUCAGUAAUAUAAAAUCUGCCAUGAUGGUUGUCCAGUCAUUUUGUGUGCAUGCAAAAAGGCCACAAGCAGUACCUAGCAGUAAUACUGCAACUUUGUUUUCAGUUUGGACCACAUUUUUAGACUGUCAUGAUUCUGAAAUCUGUUUUGGAGUUUCAUACUGUUGUUCCUCCGUGGAUAUCUGAAUGCACUUAUCCCAUAAAGCUGGUGAUGGGAGUUCAUGGAGUUAAAUGAACUGCUUUGGAGUUCAUGGAGUUAAAUCCUCUUUUGGGAGGUAGAAACUCUGCUUACAAUUUCUGUUUUGAGGAUGGGUGUUUAAUUAGAUGGUGGUGUCUGCAAGCAUAGUGUAAAUAGUAGCAGUGAUUUUUGAGGCACAACUGCAAAAGUGAAGUGCAUCACAGUUGGCUCAUCACAUGUUGGCAAAACCACUAGUUUGGACUUCCAUGUGCUGCGCUUGUAUUUCCUUUGCCAAUGAUUAACCCGUUAUAGUUGAUGUACUCUCGGCCAUGAGACUUGUGGGCCAGGAAUGCUUUUACUUUACCUGAAUGAAAAGUUAUAUUUACAGUAGUGUUACAUAAUGAAUGAAAAACGGUUGACCUUUUAGCCCACUGAUUUUUUUUAAUUAAUAAUCUCAGUUCAACAGCAGCCUUUUGGCUUGUAUAAUGAACAUGAUGCUCAUCAGUCUAAUGGUAUUGAAUUAAUAGACAGUGAAGAAAACUAACCUGUUCUUCCCAUUCAGAAUAGUGUAGAUGCUGAAGGUUAGGGUUGACUUCUCAGCUUAGUUGCUUAGAACUAACUAGGGUCUCCACACCUAUAAUCUUAAGUAGCAGCAGGUUUGAUAUGUCUGCUUCUGAGAAACUUGGAGGGGGAGUUAGGUAUUUUCAAGUAAGCCUUUUGCUGUAUGCAUAUUUGAACUCGUGCAAAGAACCUUAUUUGAACUCUUGGGAUCUUUACUUCUUUAAGACCAAGGUUUUGCACUGAGCUAUCAUUUCUAAGAUGAUGAUAGUUCAGGAAUAACAUGGGUAUAUAGAGAAGAGGUGCGAUUGUCCUGUCAUUUUGCUCCACCACCAAAGGCAAUUCAUAGAAGACCUAUGGGUGCCUGUCUGGAAGCUGUCUUCAAGCCUGUGCAUUUCAGCAUUGAUCUGAGAAGUGUUGUUGAUGCUGAGUAUGGAAUAACACUGCCACUUGUGCUAUGUUCCAUAUUCAGGGGCAAUUGUCACCUUCAAACUAAAUCUCCCAAGAUUUGGCCAGUGCUCCAGAUUUGUCUGUGUAUGAAAUGGUGAUAUUACUGCUAAUAAGGUAGAAUGGGCUGAGGGAAUCUAGGGCAGCAUUUUUGGCCAGAGUGCCAGAAUCACCCCAACCUCCACCCAUGCCCCGUUGGGGGAGCCACAAGGGGCCUGAUCCUUAUUGUUGGCGGUGGCUACACUCAUGCCUCUGGAUGGAUGGCAGGAGAGGGGCUGGGGUUGCACUGCCCCGGCCCAUUUCCUGCCAUGCGCUGCAAGCCAUGGGUGCACCUGCUGCCAUGGAACUAGUGCUGGGGCUCCAGAGCCUAGCACAGCUGUUUGCAGCCUGCUACGGCCCCACCACUGGGUCCAUGAUGGCAGCAGCUGCACACAUGCCUCUGGUCAGAUAGUGGGGGAGGAUCCAGGGUUGCUUUGCCCCAGACCCCUUCCUGGCCAUGUGACCAGAGGCGCGUGCACAGCUGCUGCAGCCAUGGAACUGGUUUGGGGGCUGUGGAGCCCCAUGCAGCUGUUUGCAGCUGCCCAGCUGCAGCUUGCCAAGGCUGUGGGUAGCUGUGGAGGAAAAUGGCCUUGUGCCAUGCGUGCCAGGGGUUGCUGAUCCCUGACUUAAGAGGUUGUUCAACUGAGGGCACUUGUAUAAGCAGACAGGAUUGGUAAUUGGCAGGUUAAUUCCCCAUCACUUGCGUAUCAAGUGUAGUAAGCAGCACCUCUUCAAAAGGACUCUGUUGAUCUUGCAGCCAAGACCUCAAGAUGCAACUGAAAAGAGCAUCUGAAAGAUCCUUAUGCACUCUUGAGUUUUGUUUGCACCUCAGCUAACAGUCUUUUAACAAAAGUUAGAUCUUGCAGUCCUAGGAAAGCAGUGCAAACUUGGAAUGCAGCAAGAACUGAAUUUAAUAAAAUAUGCAAUGACACUUUUCUUGUUAAUCUGGUAAAUUGCAUAUGAAUAUCGCUGUUGAAUGUAGGUAGUUUGACCCCACCGUACAGUCAGGGGUACGUGAAUGUCCUGAUUAUGGCACAGGACUCGAGCUGGUAGAUCUUGGUGACAAGGCGGCAGUGUGGAGUUUCUACCAGAGUGGUCUGGAGUGUAUGUCUCACUAGUACCAAGAGAUGGGUUUUUUGGUCCUAACAACAUAAGGGAAAACUGCCAUCUUGUCUCGACUGGAGACUUGCCCUGUACUAAAUGGCCACAGAGGAGGCAGUGUUUGUUUAGUCCUGACCAGUUGGUGCUUUCCAUAAAGAUACCUCUGGACACUGCAGGACACAAUUUUUCUAACUGGAAAUCUGACAUGACAGGGUACAUCACAGGAAAGCAGCAGCUCCUAAACUUCAGGUUUUCCUCCCUUUGCAUGGUGUGAUCCUCUUCCCACGAGGAUGAAAUAUAUGGCCUUUUUAACAAUACUGAAUUUUCCCAAGUUUAAUGGCUGGUAGAGAAAUAGCUUUAUAUAUAGGAUAACUGUAAUAAUUUUAGGAAAAUCUGGGAUGGAGGUGCCAACACAUGCAUGUGUCGUCCAUAUGUGUCUAUCCCGUUCCCCACCCCCUUACAGCUUCCAAGGGAGGGGUGGGACAGGGAAGAGGCCUGUAGUGGAGCUCCAUCCCCCAUAUGCAGGGACUGGGAAUGGCCCCUGUGCGGUGUCCCCUGGCCUCCACCAGCCCGUGCUGCAUGGCCAUACAGUGCCUUGCACUGCUGUCAGCAGUCAGCUGGGGUGCAGAGCCCAGAGCUACACUGCUCCCAUCCCAACCAAAACAUGGAGGGGGAGGAACUGCUUAAGGCAGGGGUCUGAGCCCUGGGCUCUGGAAGGUGGUGGCUGUUCCCUGGUCCCAAUGCCAGGAGUCAGGCAUGUGUAGGCAGGUUUUUGCCCACCUGGUACUUUUUGCUUCAGUUUUCUCCAACGGCCAGCUCCCUGGCCCCGAUUCCCCAGGGCUGCAAGCAGAGUUGCUUGCUCAGUAGAAUCAGUCAGGAGCCAGGCAUGUGCAGGCAGGUUCCUGCCAAUCCGGGACUUGUGUUUCACUUUCCUCCAAUGGCUGGGACAGACAGCCUGCGAAAUUGGGGAUGUAUGGUCAUCCUAUUCAUGUAGUCCAUGUGAAGAAAUGGGUCUUGUGAUCUUAAGGAGGAACUUCAGUAGUUUAGAGCAAAUCAGUGUGCCAUGAAAUUCUUUCCAGGGUGCCAUGCAAUGUGAGCUGUUAGCUACACAGGGUUCACAAAGUAAAUUCAAACAGGAAUCCAUAGUGUCAAAAGUAUCCUGACCCGUUGUGGUCUUUCUGAUUUUUUGCAACAGAAGCAUCACUUUCCUGUUUUUCUGCACUCAGAAAAUGAGUGAAAACUUAAGAGCUGGCAUCUUCCUAGUGGUGACUUGAGUCCAACAAGGUUGAGAACCACUGGCUUAGAGGUUGAGUGGCUACUGGAGUGGGUCAGAAAGGUUAUUUGUGCUUUCACUGGGAAUAAUUGGCACUGGAUUCUUCUAGAGAAUAUGUAUUGACUGCCACUUUUAAAUAAAAGGGGUAGAGGGAUGGAACAGUCUGCAUGCCGGGGGGGGACAGUAAAUCAGGGACCCAUAUUCAUUCAGUAUGCCAGGAAGUGGGGAGGCUAGACUUCCACACAAGCAAAUAUAGCAAGCCUGCUUUUUGACAAGCCAGAACAGGAAAACAACCAUUUUGUUGAAAACUGACGGUAAUGAGCACAGAAAGAACUGUCUGAAGCACGCUGUGUGUAUUCCUUAAAGGUGUUUGAAUGAACAGUUCAGAAAUACAUCCAGAAAACUAAGGGUGCCAGUGGAAGCAUGUGACUAUGUGGUUAUACUUGCACAAAAAGGUAUUUUGAGAGGGAAACAGAAGGCAUAGAGGAGUUACCAAUGUAUUAGCGAGUUGAAAACUUGUAGAGCUAAAGGAUGCACAGAAAAACAAAAUGAACUAAGGUAGGGGGAAAUGCCAAUCUUCCAUUCCUGAGGCUUUUCUGAACAAACUGUCUUAAGUGCUAAUGUACACGCUUCAGUACCAGGUAUUCUGACUAUGGUGGGCCUCUGACUAUGGUGGGCCACUGACUGCCAUCCAGAAAGAAUGCUAGUGUAAAGCUGUUGCUAAUAAGGACUUGUUUCAUGGAUAGCAAAUCUAUAUAGUGAAAGACUAAUGUGGAGGCUGUAUAGCCAACUGCAUAGUUGUAAAGAUUUAAUGGUCCUGUCCUAUAGGAGAAAUAAAUAUGAAGCUAAUGGUCUGACAAGGCUGUCCCAUUGCAGCAUGCAAUGGGAUGGGGGAGCUGGUGGCACAGAGACCAGGGAGCUUAAGGUGGGGUGAGGGAGCAACCACUUGCUUGCCCACAUGUAGUGCACUGGGAUGGGGGAACUAAUGCGUGUGGGGUGUAGGGUGGGAGACGGCUGCCUGCUGCUUUGAAGUUGAACAGCCCUGAUCUAUUAAACCAAUUCCACUAGACCAGGGGUUCCCAAAUUGGUUCACAUACCCCUUGGGG